UGCGACCUUGUAGCUGUGUCGGGACAGAAGUGCCGAAUGAUUUCAAUUCAAAUCGGAACCGGUUUGUCGGGUUUGGUGUUUGUCUAGCGUUCAUCCAGUUUUGAAAAUGUUAGUUCUUAUUAUUGUCUUCGGUCGUCCAGAGCGAUAGAUCAUUCUAGCCGAACACAUCGUCAGUUCGCAGUCGUCCAUAGAGUUGUAAAGAAGCAUUAUGAAAUCUAGCUCAGGGUUUGUACUUAUCUUCCUCCUAACUGGUACUACGGUUGUCUUCAGCAACAUCCAACAUCGUAACCCUUUCGAAGCGGUACAGGGAUGCCUACAGUAUGACAACGUGCCCGGCUACAACGAUACAUUGGAAUACUUUGCGACGGACAACUUUAGACAUGUUGGCCGUACGCACACCUCAAAGUAUAUUCGUGUAGGGAUGGUGGGACCCUCCGACGGUAUCAUACGUUUCGGAAAAUUUCGUUAUCCCUACGGAGAGAGUGUGUCGGAAAUUUGUCUUUCCGGCCUGUCCGAACAAAAGUCGGAAAUAAAUCGCCAUACUCGUACCAGCAAUAGUGAGUACAUCAACACACUGCUAAAGACACAAAUGACACCAGACGUGCUGUCCAAAACACGUCCCAUGAUGUUCCGUUUGGAAGUGUUCGAUAAUGGUAACGUACUGCUGACGAAGGAUGGCGAGAAGCGACCAUUCCUGGAGUUCAACGAUAAUCACAGCAGGUUGGAUUUGGACUACAUAGCGUUUACCAAGUGGAACUAUGAUCUUUUCUAUUACUAUGACUGUCCAUUAAAUACUGAUUCCAAUAGCAUUGACGACACGGUACUGCUUAAGUGCAAUUUGGCUUAAACUUGUGGCAAAACGUGUAGUAGUAAAUUAAAAUGAUUAAAAUACAAGGCGACACUCUGAUAAGCAAUUGAAAAUCUUGUACAGGUGAAAUAUACAGUUUCCGACAUCACAAAAAUAUUUACAUUUAUAACGCUUGUCGAUUUUCACAACGCUUCAAAUGUAGUUAAGUGGGGCAUGUAUAAACGGACAUUUAACAGAGCCUAAUAGUAGUAGUUAAAACAGCUCAUAUAAUACUAAGACGAGGAAAAUAAUCCAACUUGAUACAAAGUAUGGAGAUAAGAUUAAGACUGGAAUAAACAGAGAUUCAGAUUUUGCAAACGAACUAUUCACUAAGGUCCAACACCUAAAUACCAUAAUCAGCAGUAAUGGCAGCAGUAUUUGUACAAUCGGAAUAGAAAGAAUC